AUGUCGUCCACGAACGGAAUCUUCAACGUCCCCGAGCCCACUUCGGCCGAUAUGACGACCGCCGCCCAGGCGCAGGCCGAGGCGAAGACGGCGACGGUAGCGCGGGAGGUCGAGGCGAACGCUGAGCACGCGAAAGACGUCGCCGAGAACGCCGCGUUUGUCGCGCAGUCCAAGGGGCCCGCGCUGACCGGCCAGACCGCGACGGACCGCUUACAAACCGAGGCGUCGAUACGCACGGGCCAGGCGGUCGAGGAGGGGAAGCAGAGCGUCGCGGAGGCACAGGCGGCGGGUGCGGGCUAUGUCCAGCAGGCGAAGGACUAUGCUGCCGGUGCGGUUGCUUCUGCCCAGAGCAUGAUACCCCCGGGCUCCGGGCCGAACGGGGCGCACACGACGGGCGACGUCAUCAGCGGGAUCCAGACCGGCGCGAAUGUGGUGUACAACACGACGAAGGACGCGAUUGCGGCUGCCGGGCCGUAUGUCGUCGCCGCCCAGGACGCGGCGAAGCCCUAUGUCGCCGCGGCGCAGGAGGCGGUGAUGCCCCAUGUCAACAAGGCCACUGAUGUUGCGUCGAGCUACUUGCCCGGGUCAACAACAACAACGCAGACGGCACCAGUGGAGGGAAAGGAUGUUAAGCCUACGUACCUGAAUUCGAGCUGUAGCCAACAGGCAAGAUAUCAUCCCGAUCUGAGUGACGUCACAACCAUCCCUCUUGAACUCCAUCCACCACCACUAACUAAUAUGCCGCACAUGGAACAGCUCCUGGGCCUUGCCCAACAGUUUAUUGGCUCGCAGUCGCACGACCACGACGAGGCUGUCCGCAAGGCAGCGGCAGAGAACCCAGACGACGAGGAGCUCUACCAGCAGGCGUCGAAGCACGUCGCCAAGCGCACCGAAGAACACCGCCCGCCGUCAGACGAGGAGGCAGAGGCUGCCAAGGCCGCACACCACAAGAUCUACAAGCAGGGCGACAAGAGCAAGAGCACGCUCGAGUCGAUGGGCUCCGAUGCCGUCGGGGGCGCGAUCGCGACGCAGGCGAUCCAGAUGUUCCUCUCCAGCGGCGGCAAGGGCGGGUCAGAUGACCUCAUUGCGUUCGCGAUGAAGGAGGCCAGCCAGCUGCUUGGCGGCGACACCGAUUCGGGCUUCAAAGGCGCGGCGAUGCAGAAGGCGGCGAUGAUGGUGUUCAAGAGCCAGCUGUCGGGCGGCGGGAGCGGGGGAGGCGGCGCGGCGUCGUUGCUCGCGAAGUUCUUGUAA